CCUGCCAUUCGGAAAAUCCACUUCUGGGGGAGUGUAUCAUGACUCCUUUUUCUGCCUUCAGCCCCGUAGCGAGUCGUUGGUAUAACUAGAGGCCGUCUCCUUCCAUCCUCUCCCUGCUCUUGCCGGUUACAUUACGCCCUUUUGUUUGCCACCUCUUCGCGUGCACAGUCAGAUUAACUUGCGCAAACAAACUAAUAAAAGUACACAUACCUCUCUGCUCUUUCCCAUGAGCGACACAAACGACAACCUCCGUCCAUCCAGCAUGGCGGACUCUGAAAAGACGGCCACGCCUAGCGUUCAGAACACCACAGGCAAGGAGAACAAGGGUCCUGUCGAGACUGUUCUUCCUGCAUCAACAGCGGCUGUCGACGCCGCAGCCCCUAUCACCGGUACUGGAGAGAAGAGUUCGCGACCUAGCUCGGUAGCCAGCCCAACACCAGAAAACAACGACGAGGACGACUUCGAAUACCCGACCAAAUGGAAGCUGGGCGCCAUCACCGUGGCAUUGUGUUUGAGCGUCUUUUGCAUGGCCCUGGACAACACCAUUAUCGCAACAGCCAUCCCUCGCAUUACGGACCAGUUCAAGGCCCUGAACGAUGUUGGCUGGUAUGGAUCGUCGUACCUCCUUACCACGUGCGCGACUCAGCUCAUGUACGGUAAAUUCUAUACCUACUACUCGAUCAAGUGGAUCUACCUGACUGCCUUGGCCAUCUUCGAGUUCGGCUCGCUCAUCUGCGCUGUUGCGCCAAACUCGACGGCGCUUAUCAUUGGACGUGCCAUUGCUGGUGUUGGUGCCGCUGGUAUCUUCUCAGGAGCCAUCUUGAUCGUCUCGGUGACGGUACCGCUGCGCCAGCGUCCUACGUACAUGGGUGUUAUCGGAGGAAUGUACGGUAUCGCAUCCGUUGCUGGCCCGCUGAUGGGCGGUGCCUUUACUGACCACGUCAACUGGAGAAUGUGCUUCUACAUCAACCUUCCCUUUGGUGCCAUCACGGCGGCCUUUAUCAUCCCCUUCCUCCAGGUUACCCGCCGUGGUGGAAAGGUCCAGGCUACAUGGCGUGAGCAGAUUCAAAAGUUCGAUCUUCCCGGAACAGCUUGCUUCUUGCCCGCUAUUAUUUGCUUGUUGCUCGCUCUCCAGUGGGGUGGCAGCAAGUAUCAGUGGAAGGACGGUCGCAUCAUUGCGCUCUUGGUCCUCUUUGUUCUCCUCACAUGCAGCUUCCUUGCUAUCCAGUGGUGGAAGCAGGAAGAUGCCACGGUUCCUCCUCGCGUCUUCCUGAACCGCAACGUCUGGGGAUCUGCAUUGUUCGGUGCCAUGCUGGGCGCUAGCUUCUUCAUCAUGGUUUACUACCUGCCCAUCUGGUUCCAGGCCAUCAAGGGAGCUUCGGCAACCAAGUCUGGAAUUAUGAACCUCCCCGCCAUCCUCGGCCUCGUCAUCAUUUCGAUGAUUGCUGGUGGCGCUGUAACUGCUAUUGGUUACUACACGCCGUUCAUGCUCCUCUCGUCGGUCCUCAUGGCCAUUGGCGCCGGUCUGCUCGCAACGAUGGAAGUCGACAGUGGUUCCCCGCAAUGGAUUGGCUACCAGUUCAUCUUCGGUGCUGGUGUCGGUUUCGGUAUGCAGCAGAUCCUGGUUGCUGUUCAGACAGCGCUUCCCGCAGAAGACGUUCCCAUUGGCACCGCUACCAUGAUGUUCUUCCAGACUCUUGGCGGCGCUCUCUUCAUCUCUGUUGGCCAAAACGUCUUCACCAACCAGCUCAUCAAGAACCUGGCCAGCAUUGUGCCCGAUCUCGAUGCCAGUAUCGUACUUCGCACCGGUGCAACUGAGCUCAAGCACGCUAUUGACCCUGAAUUCCUCUCUGGCGUGCUUUCAGCAUACAAUAAGACGCUUACCCAGACCUUUUACGUGUCAGUUGCCUGUGGAGCGGUCUCGAUUUUUGGUGCCGCAUUUGUCGAGUGGAAGUCGAUGAAGGGCAAGCAGAUCACCAUGCAUGCUGCCUAAGCGGUCCACGCUACAGGAGAAGAAUGAUAUUUCGAGACUUAUAGCCUGAUAAAUGAGCGCCUCUUACUGGCGUCACUCAUUGUAACGAUACCCCCCCUUUUUUUUGCCUUGUCAAAAAUAUGAGCAUCUAGUAGCGAGCAUGGCGUCGGCGUUGGUUUUGCUAUUAGGGAGGAUUUCUUCUUGGUAGAUUGCAAUAGAUGUACUAUGACGGGGUAAUUGGCUCUCGAGGUGGACGUGGUGGAUUAUGGCUCUUCACUCUUAUUUACAAGAAAAGAAAAGAAUAAUUUUAAUACUACAUUUGCAAAGUACCAUCGAUUAGCU